AUGACUCAGGAGCAGUCCUCCUCUACCUGUCCACAGGUAACAGCUGUGUAUCAGCCCGCCCCCGACGCUGCUCCAGCCCCCCCGCCCGCCCCGCCCAAUACAGCCCCCCCUCCUGCCCCACCCAGUACUGCCCCCCCUCCGCAGCAGAAUGAGGCUGACCCUAACGGUCAGGUGGAGCUGUUGUCUGUGGAGGGUUCGGCUCCAGCAGGGGGCGCUGCUCUCUGUAAAGACACUCCUGAGGUACAGUCAGGUGUCUCUGCUCAGUCUGCGUGUUCCUCUCGUCUGGCGAUAGUUUCAGCUCUGAUUAUCAUCAUCAUCAUCUGUGUCGUCGUCGUCGCUGUAACAGUGAAGUACGUCUACUUUCCAUCCAAACUGCAAGACAGCAGCGCCCCCUGUGACAUCAAAUGGAACUGCAGCGUCACGUCACCCCCCUUUUCCCCCUCUGAGAAGGUUCCUGUCAAUCAAACAGUCAACAUCUCAUCAGACUGUGUGGAGUUGGUGGGAGUGGGGGGCCGAGCGGUGAGGAUAGUCGGGGGGUCUUUGGCGGUGGAGGAUCAGUGGGGGUGGCAGGCCAGCCUGCAGUGGAGGGGGCAGCACGUCUGUGGGGGGGCAAUAAUAACCCCCCGCUGGAUCAUCACCGCCGCACACUGCUUCGUAGAGUAUAAUAUGAUGUUGGAGUCGGACUGGCAGGUGUUGAUCGAUACGAUCGUUGUGACGCAUGGCAAACGCUACAACACCCUGCAGAUACACCCCCACCCCAAAUUCUCCGUGAACACCAACGACUACGACCUGAGCCUCCUGCUGACCGAGACGGAGAUGAGGAUGGGAGAUGGCGUGCGGCCGGUGUGUUUGCCGGGCUAUAAACAGUCAUUCCCUGCUGGUUCCUCCUGCUGGGUGACCGGCUGGGGCUACACGCGAGAAGGAGGUACCGUGUCGCCCCAGCUGAGGCAGGCGCAAGUGCAGGUCAUCGAUCAGACCACGUGCUCCGCUCAGUCCGUCUACGGCUCCUACCUCACUCCCAGAAUGCUUUGCGCCGGGACCAUGGAGGGAGGGGUGGAUGCUUGCCAGGGCGACAGCGGGGGUCCUCUGGUGUGCCAGACGGGUGAUGGACAGUGGAGGCUGGCGGGCGUGGUCAGCUGGGGCGAGGGGUGCGGCAGACCCAACAAACCAGGCGUUUACACUCGUGUCUCUCAGCUACAGCAGUGGCUAAACCAAUACAUACAGGCUGAAGACUCAGGGAGAUCAGACGGAGAUCCGACGUCGCUGGAUGACUCGUUCUGAUCAGUUUUUUAAUCAAUAUUG